ACCCUAGCUCUCGGUUUUCUCUCUAGCGCCGCUUUGUACGGACUGUAUGGACACCGAUUUUCUCAAGAAUUUCGCUUCUUCCUUCUUUGAAUCUUGUCUCGGAUACUUUGAUCUCCUUUUCCCCUCGCUUGUUGCUCUGUUGUUCCAUAGUUAGCCAGCUCAGUUUCUGUUUUUAACAGUGCAUUUGCUUGGUCUUUCUUCUCUGGUCACCAUUUUCCCGUAACUUCUCAUCUCCCCUGUUUCUAGCUCACUGCUACGGGUUACUCUGUGGAAUGUCAAACCAUCGUGAUGACCUAUCCGUUCCAAGAGACCGGAGAUCUCUGCAAGAGGAUGAACCCAUCAGGAUUCCAAGAUUUGACAACUCGGCUUUGCUGGCUCGUUUCCGACUCACUCUCAUCGGUCGGACCUUUCACCAAGGAAGAAGCACUGAGGCUUUGCUCGCCUUCAUGCCUCGGGCUGGAAUCUGGGACCUGGAUGGCAGAGUUCAGGGUCACGACCUUGGGAAUGGUCGAUUCUUUUUUGACUUCGAAACUGAGGAGGACUUGCAUAAGGUCCUCAAGCGCAGACCCUGUCACUUCAAUUGCUGGACCUUUUCACUAGAGAGGUGGGAAUCCAACAUCCGGGAUGAUUUCUCGAGCACUGUAACCUUCUGGAUAACAAUCAGAGGAGUACCUCUUCACUACUGGGUGGAUGAAGCUUUUCGGAAGAUUAGAGAGGCUUUGGGUCAUGUCGAAGAAGUGGAUGUGAAGGAUAGAAGGGUCAAUGUUACUGUCGAUGAUUCUCGGUCUCUCUUUAUGGAGCGUCGAGAUCAGUUUGACAAUGGUGAUGAGGUCUCUGUGACCCUCCAGUAUGAACGCCUUUACCGUUACUGUUUCACCUGCAACAUGAUUUUGCAUGAGGAAAGGAAUUGCCCGUUGUUAUCAGAUCGUGAGCGUCAGGAUAACAUGGCUCACCGAUCUGCCCUGAUUUCGGCUGGUAACGAGCGACUAAGAGAGGAACCGAUUUCUGAUCCACACCAGCGUGAAUCUCCUGCUCGGGAUGUUCCUGAGCGGCUUACCCUGGGUGGAAAUGAUCGGAGAGAGCAUCUCUCUGCAAAGAGGACCGCGAUCUCUCUACCAUUGGGCAAAGCUUAGAUCCUGCAGCUGCAGAGAUCCCCACCAAGGGAGACUCUAAGCUUUGCCCAAUGGUAACCCCUUCGUCUUCCUCGUUCUCAGGCUCUGGACUCUGAACGAGAAGCUGGAAACCAUCGCUCCAUUAUUGCUGCUGAUAAGGGGAAAGCUGUCGCAGAAGAGGAAGAUCCAGUUGACUCUGAGAGAUCGCAUAGGCGUAUGUUUGAAUAUGGUUCAGGUUCAGGCACAGCUGUUUCUCCUCUGCAGAAUGCUCUGUCUCGGGGAGCUGAUGUUACUACAACCGAGCCGACUACUCCUCUAGCUCUGGCACUAGUGGACACUAAAAUGACGAUUGAAGGGGAGAAGAACCUCUUUGGUGAGGAGGUGGUUCCCUUCGACUGGGAGGAUCUUGCUGAUGAUAUUGCUGAAGAGGAACUCGCCAUUAAGCUCGCCAAGGAGGACCGAUUAAAUGAUCUUCCAAAUGAGGAGCUUGUUGUUGAUCCUGCUGAUAAGGAGCUUGAUGAAGAUUUUACUAAGGAGGAUGAUAACCUGGAAUUUAUGGAGUAAGACCUUCGGAUCCUCGGGGAGGCACUCGCUGAUGCUUUUGAUGGUGUGAGCCAGGAGCAUACUAUCUCUGAAACGCUGGUGCCCAUUGUUUAUGAAAUCAGGGAGACCCCAGCGUCUUCUCAGUCCCCAACGAGCAGACGUUCUCGUUCUCCUAAGCAAGUUAAGGCUGCUCUCUCCGAGGCUGGUGACCCUAAAGGUAAAAAGAAUCGUCAGCUCUUUACUACCGGUUCAAGAAAGCAUGUGGAAGAAAGGAAGAAGAUCCCCAGAAGUCCCAAAGGGGUUGGAGUUGCAAUCUCUAAGAAGCUCAAGCCUUUCCACGGCAAGAACUCUCCUAAGAAGAAACCUGGAUCAACUCAAGGAGGAUCUAGGGGUUUGGUGGGGUCCCAGAACCCACCCAAGCCCACCAUAUGAGGACAAUCGCAAAGACCAACAGCUCGUCGACUGUAAGAGAUAUGUCGGAGAUUCUCUCCAAGUUUUUUAUUUCUCUCUGAGACAAAGAACGAUCGUUUUUUUCUGCAGAAUGUGCAAGUAACUCUUGGUUUUGAUAAUCUCCACACUGUUGAACCUGAGGGUACUAGUGGAGGAUUAGCUCUUAUGUAUUCUAAAGAUUUUCCGGUUAAGAUUUUAUUCUCUGAUGAUUGUUUAUUUGAUAUUGAGACUUUUAUCGAUGGAAG